ACUUGACAUGAAAAUGGUUAAAAUUUGACAUUGACAAUUGACACUUCUUUUUCUAAGUUGCUUUCUGCCGUAGGACUUGUAUCCUAUCUCAUAAAAUAUGGCAAAGUCAAAGAACCACACAAAUCAUAACCAAAACCGCAAGGCUCACCGUAAUGGUAUCAAAAAGCCUACUAAGUUCAGACAUGAAUCAACUCUUGGUAUGGACCCCAAAUUCUUGAGGAAUCAAAGGUUUUGCAAAAAGGGUAACCUUAAACCAGCAAAACAAUUGGCACGCGCAGCUGAACGCAAAGCUACCAGAGAAGCAAAAGCCAAGAAAUGAAUUUAGUAUGUAAGAAAAUAAAAAAUUAAACUCA